CUGUCUAACUAAUGAGUGGGUCAGACCCUGUUGAUGAUAGAGCUGACGAAAGGAGACUAACACGUGCACGGGCACUAAGGGUACCGCACGUGUUCCAGGCCUUACAACCGGGAGACGAAGCACGGCUUCGGGCCGAACGUAGAGCCCGUGCUCUAGCAGCGGGGAUAGCAGCAGCAAACGCAGCAACUAGAGAGCAGGCAACAGCAGCCAGAGCAGCAGCGAUGGCUAACGGCGCAAGCUCUGCUGCGUCAUCAUCUGCGUCCUCGUCAGGGACUAAUGGGGGCCAGUUGGGAAUGCCAACAAGCUCCACAAGUUCCUCGGGCACUUCCGGUUCCACAGGUUCUAGACAGUCUUCUAGUCAAAUGGCGGGCUCGCAGYUCAGCCCGUUGACCCCGCGUCAGAGGGAGCUCAGAGAGAUCCAGCAGGUCGAGAUGCUCCGCCGUAAGUUAGAGCAGGACCUGAAAGAAGCUACCGAUAGAGAAAAUGCGAUGAAAACUAGAGCAGCCAGGCUUGAAACUUUAGAGGUUGACAAGGCUGAACUAGAGGGCUUGGAUGAGUCAGCUAUGUCUGACGACAUGAAAGUUUUGAAGAAGAAUAUGCUGUCACUACACGCACACGUGGACAGCAAAUUAGACUUCAUGCAGAGCACUCUAGACCAGAUCCUGGAUGCUUUGACAAAGCCAGGAUUCCGGYCACCAGCACAAUCGYCGUUGCCGUUAUCGGCRAUGUCAGGCCCCUUUCCGGUUCAAGCUGGCACACAGCCAAGUGGCACAUCUGCAGCAGYCGCACAGACUGUUGCAUCUUCUUCUUCGGGUCCAGCGGUGGUUGCUACACCACCGCAACAACCUGUCUCUCAACAGGGGCAACAACAAGGUCAAUGGUACCCCAAGACCCCAAUGAAACCGCCUCUUGCCUUCUCAGGCGAGAGGAAGGACAAGGAACUCAACACAUGGUUGAGGACGGUCUCGGUUUGGGUGAAGGCCAAAAGGACCUUGCCAGAGGAUGAAGUGGUAACUGCGGCAUCUUACCUAGAGGGUAAGGCAGCCAAAUGGUUAGAUGGGGUAGUUGUGAAAGCCGGGUACGGGCGACGCAUGGCGGACUGGGCCAAGUCUUUGACUCUAGACCAGUUCAUGGAGAUGGCAGAAGCUCGAUGGCAUAACCCACAGGAGGCGCAAAGGGCCACUGAUGCCAUAAAUAAACUAGACCAGCGCAAGUUCCGGUCAGUUAGAGAGCUUACGACUACCGUUGAGAGCCUGAUCCUCGUCCCGGGCAUCAACUACAGUGACCAGUUCCUGUUAACUACUUUCAUUAGAUGUCUUCCAGAGAACAUCAGGAACUUACUAGCCAGUGAGGCACGCACCGAGUACCACUCAUUUGAGACAUUGUCUAGGAAGGCUUUAGAUUUGGAGGCCACGCUAGGCAAUUCUCAACCCACCUCAGGAAAUGACUCAAAGAAGAAGAAGAGUCCUAAGGAGUGGAAGAAGAAGGGGGCGAAGUUGAUGAUGGUGGAGUCUGAUGGGACUCAAAUAGAGAUCGACGAGCUCUCUGACCUGGUGGACUACACAGAGUUUGACGGCGAGGAGAUAGCUGAGGGUAGCACCCUCGCCGCGGUAGUAAAGACUAAGGCAGGUGGCCGAGGGAAGGGCCAGCCUAGGGGUCAAGGGAAGGCCGCCUCCAAUCAGACCAAACAGGCUGAGUGGGUAAAGGCAGGUCUUGAUCAAGACGUGUGGCGUGACCGCCGAAUGCGUGGCGCUUGUAUCAACUGCGGAGAAUACGGACACACGCAGUGGAAGUGUCAGAACGCUAAGAAGCCAUUCGUAGUGACCACUGACGCAAGCCAAUACAGCAUUGGCGCAGUGCUGGCUCAGCAGGAUGGGAAAAAGUUGAGACCGAUUGAGUACAUGAGUAAGAAGAUGCCAUCGAAGAAGUUGGCUAAGUCCACCUACGAAAGGGAACUCUAUGCUCUCUACAAGGCACUUGUCCAUUGGAGACACUUCCUUUUGGGAAGGUUCUUCUAUCUGAGGACUGAUCAUCAGACCCCCAAAUGGAUCAAGACUCAACCGGCUCUUUCUGAUGCACUCAAGCGAUGGAUUGAGGUCAUAGACCAAUAUGACUUCAAGCUUGAGUACCUUAAGGGAGAGUACAACAAGUUUGCAGACGCGUUAUCCCGUAGAGCAGACUACCUAGGUGGGCUAGUUUAUGAAUUUGGCGUAUCUAAUGAAGUAACUCAAUCAUUGGUGGGUGCCUAUCAGGAAGACCCGGUCACGAUGGACAUCAUCCGCAAACUUCAGGCAAAAGACAAGGCCACAGAAAGUGAGUUUGUCAUGGUGGAUGGGCUAAUCUAUCUUGAUAAGGCCGGAGUAAAGAGAUUGGUAGUUCCAUCUAGUGAACAGUUGAGUAGUUUAUUUUUAGGCGAAUGUCAUGACGCAACUGGGCACUUUGGCUACAAGAAGACGAGUGCUAACUUAGUACAACGAUUUUGGUGGCCCAGAAUGUUAGAUGACGCAAAGAAGUAUGUUGAGACUUGUCAGGUCUGUCAACGGGACAAGCCGCGAACUCAAGCACCGCUUGGGUUAUUGAAGCCUUUACCUAUUCCUGAUGGUCUAGGAUUGAGUGUUUCCAUGGAUUUCAUGGACACUCUUGUGACCAGCAAGAGUGGUAAGAGGCACAUUUUCGUCAUCAUUGACCGAUUCACCAAGUACGCUAGACUAAUACCAAUGCCAGAGACAACUAGGACAGAAUACGUCAUCAAGUUGUUCAAGGACAACUGGGUAAGGGACUUUGGUUUACCAAAGACCAUCAUUAGUGACCGAGACGUCCGAUUCACAAGUGAGCUGUGGAAGAAGACUGCGGAACAGAUGGGCAGUCAACUUCAAAUGACUUUAGGGAAUCAUCCCGAAGCCAACGGACAGGCCGAACAAAUGAAUAGAGUUGUACAACACUUCCUGAGGCAUUACAUCAAGCCCAGGCAGGAUGACUGGGAUGAGCAGUUACCUCUCAUCGCCAACUUGUACGACAAUGCUAUACAUAGCAGUACCGACGUUAGUCCUACCUGAAAACCGACUCGCUGCAACUCCAGGCACACUUGAAUACGGUGUGCAAUGUGAGAAGUUGCUGCAAGAUGCUGUUGAACAUAUGAAGAAAGCUCAGCAAGCCAUGAUUGCUUUUGAGAAUCAACAUCGCAGACAGUC